AUGUCUGCAUCAGAAAUAGGUGGAUCGAUGCCAGUGAUCCGAAGCAUAACGCUGACUGAACCCCAGCUCGGGUCUGAUACAACAGGUCUUGACCUCGAGUCUCAACACUCAGUUCCGACUCUCCCAGAGGAAGAAGUAGUGCCAAUGAUAUUUCCGAAUUGGCCGCCGCAUCAAAGCGAAUACGUCAAGAUCGUGGAAGCCAUGGGCAAGGAAGGAUACCCUGGACUACUCAAGGCUGUCUUCGACGAGGAACGAGCCCGCGAUCAUGCGUCCACCCGAGAGAUGGACUUCGAUCAGUUCAAGGAGCCUGCAAUGCGAAUUGUCGGAGCUAUGCCUCAGCCGCUGCUAGGUCACAUAAUCAGCGGCAAUGUUCAUCAAGCAUGGGUCAACGAAGAGAAUGGCGUCCGUGACUACAUGGACAAGCUCAGACAGUUGAUGACACCUUUGCCGUCGCAGGCGGACAUCAACGCACCUCCGCCGGGUAUAUACCAGCUCAUGCUAGUAGACGACAAAGGCCUAUCGCCAACCGAGUUUCAACUAUUUGAAGCUUGUUCGCAACUGGUCAUAUACUGUGGGGCUGACAAAGAUUCCAACGCUGCAGCUGACCAAGAAAUUGCGAUGAAAAUCGACAACUGGAAGUCAUCAGAUUGGGAUAUAAACCGUACCCUCAAUGGUGCAAGGAGAUACUUGUGUAGCGACCAGAACUCCAUGGCGGUUGACCAAGUAAAGAAGCAGAACCUGCUCAAAUUCCGCGAUGCAUUCUGUUCGGGCUAUUUCCCUGAAACCCCAUACGGAGAACUUCUGGGACCACUCAAGCAACCACUCCAAUACUUCGGCUAUUCUCAGAUGCUAGCCGACAGUCUUAAGGACCACAUCGAGCAUACGGGCGGCAGCUGCAUCAUGUACGCUGUCGAAGCGGCUUUGAAUACCUGCGUGAAGGGGGGGGAUAAAUUCCGUCUCCGGGGUGGUUGUAUCCACCAGUGUGUUGAACCGGAGGAUUGUGUUCUGGCCGAAGUGGUUUUCGCCCGCCUCGGUCAUGGAUACAUCGAGUCGGGUUGCGGCUUCGCUGUAGCUCCGGCUGGGGAGCCCAACCCGGCUCCUUCUGACAAAGAACCAACUUGGUGGGGGCAUUGGCAGGAGUGGUACCUGGCAAACACCAGUCUCGCCAAGAAUGCCGCCUGGGAAGUGGUGCGGACGAAGAAGGGCUCCAUCGAUAUCGACAACAACAUAUUGGAGUUGAUGUCGUGCCGAGACAUUGUCAGAAACCACAAAAGCGAUAUGGAGCAGCUCUUCAAACGUAUCCUCGCCAACAGGAAGAAAGAUGAGGAAUCUUUCGGCAAGAUCAUCCAGAAAUUGGUUGUUGAGUAUAAAGAAGAGUUGAGACAAGAGCUCCAACGGGAAGAGGAAGCCGCGAUAAACAGAGCCAUGGAGAUUUCUGCCCGUUAUGGUCUCAACUGGGGCCUCGACAUUGGCCUCAAAUGUCCCACAGAGGUCUGGCUAUCCCAUUGA